CUCAUAUGGCUCCGCGGUUGGCUCGUGCUCGCAUUGCGGCUCCAUCUUUGAAUGCAAGGCUCGCUACGGCGCCGCGCGGAGACAGGCUGCGGGCGAUCGACGCUGAAGCUGCAGUCGUCGCAUAUGGCGACCAGCUGCUCAUCGUGACGGCCAACCCAGACCCGAACGAAGAGCCAUACGAUCCAAGCGACAAGGCCGCCUUUGCUGCAGAUUUGGCUUCGCUGGACUCGAUCGCGUUGCACUCGGCAGCGAACGUGCUGCACGCCGACGGUGGCAUCCGAAGCAUUGCCCUCGCGCGGACAGAUGUGGCAGACGCUGGUGAAGCAAACGUGCUGGUCGCGCAGGUCGACGGCACCGGUCGAGGCGCUGUCACGGCCGUCGCUUGGAGCCGACAGAACGGCCUCUCGCGCUGCAACUACCUCGAUGUCUUCAACCCUGCAGAGAUGCCCAUCACCGAGUCGUGGAGCGGCGUGGCUUUCCAUCCUCAGGAGCCAACAUCCAGCUUUGUCACAGUCAACGCCGCCAGUCGCGCCAUCUCCCAGUACGCGAUCAGCGAGGCGGGCAUCACGCUCAACCGCGCAGUCCAUGCUGCGGCCGACCCAUCCGCGCUCACCUACGUUCAGCACGGCGCUGGCGAUGCGUCGUCGUCCAGCCAGGUGCUGCUGCUCACGGAACGCGCGAGCAUUUCGCUGUGGGACUUGCGCGCAUCGAAAGCCCUCGUCGCCAAAGAAGUUCUCAAAGGCAGCGAUCUCCUGGCGGCCACGUCCAGCGGCAACUAUUUUGCUGUAGCUGGGGCUGAUCGCAUGCUGACCGUGUUUGAUGCCCGCAAGAUUACCCCGGUUGGCAUGUGCAUGAGCAUGCUGAAAUACGAGGUGUCGUCGAUUGCCUUCUCGCACACGAACGCGAAUGUCGUGUAUGCCGCUUCUGGGUCUGAUUCUGAGCUGGCUGGUUGCCGAUGGGACUCUGUCCUCAACUCUGCUCCCCGCUCGGGUGUGACACGCGGCCACUUGGAUGGACGGUGCCUCGGAAUGGAUGUGUCUUCGCGCGGUGUGUACGGCCGCGCGCCGCUGAUUGACGAGUCUGUCUUCUUCCUCUCAACCUCCGGAAUGGUGUAUCUUCUUCGGGAGGGCAGUGUGUUUGCCACAUCCGAUGCGCAAAAAGGAGCCACGACUGGCGACGAGGAACCCGGAGAGGGGGAUCAGCGCAGCGAGCCGCGACACAACCACCACCAUCGUGCCAACCAAGCGAAACUGCAGCCGGCUGUCAGUGCUCCCACCGAGACAGAAGCUCAUGAUGCACAACAUGUCGACAAGAAGCCGAGGCUAGACCAAUAGUAGAGUUUUGUUUGAAAGCAAUACUGUUGGAGAGGAAUAAAAUAUAUUGAUGGUGAA